AUGGCUGACGUGGAAUGCUUAGUUCGCGACAUCCUUAUGUGGUCAGUGCCACAUACCAAUGUUGAAAGACAUAACCCGAUUAUCUUUGCCGCACUUAAUUUGUUUGGUUCUGUUGCAGGAUUACGUUUAGAUUUCAGCAUGGCAAAGAAAAAUCUUAGGGAGGAGGAGUAUUUGGAGCUCCUUUUCGACGACCUGCAUGACCAAACCUGGCUGCGUGAGGAACAUGAGGAUCAGCUUUUGGCUGCUGAACAUGUGGAAGAAAUACCACCUGCAGAGAUACAAGAUUUGGCUGUCUCGCAUGCAGUUCGUUUUCAUUCCCUUGUUCCUGUGCCUCCUUCAGCGUCUCCUGUGCCUUCUGCAGGAUCUCCUGUGCCUCCUUCAGCGUCUCCUGUGCCUCCUUCAGCGUCUCCUGUGCCUUCUGCAGGAUCUCCUGUGCCUCCUUCAGCGUCUCCUGAGCCUUCUGCAGGAUCUCCUGUGCCUCCUUCAGCGUCUCCUGUGCCUUCUGCAGGAUCUCCUGUGCCUCCUUCAGCGUCUCCUGUGCCUCCUGCAGGAUCUCUUGUGCCUGAUAUUAGUCUCGUGGAGAUCAGGAGUAGGAAAAGGAGGAGAGGCCCUCUUUGCCCUGCAGAAGGUGUGGCAUUGAAGAGAUUGCCGGCUGACUCCUACAAGGCUAGGGACAACACGAAGUGGAACUCGUACCCAAACCCAACAAUGCCACCCAUCCUGAAGAUCGACCAGUUUGAAACUGCCGGCCCUACCAUAGCUGUCUUCGGGUGUAGGACUCCUGCUGAAGUCUUUGACAAAUUUUUGCCAAAUGCGUUGCUUGCAGAAGUGAUCGUCUUCACCAACGACAAGAUCGUCACCCUCAGGAACAAGUUCAAGCGGCAAAACGACCCCACCUUCAAGGACUUGAGCCUCAUGGAGUUCCGUGCCUUCCUUGGGAUCCUCAUCAUGACAGGGGCACGGAAGGACAAUCAUCUGACAUCGGAAGAGAUGUUCUCCAGGUCUCUAGGAUGCCCCUUCUAGAGGAGCGUCAUGAGUGAGCGCCGCUUCGCCUUUAUUCUUAGGGCCCUACGAUUUGACAGCCUUGCCACGAGGGAGCAGCGUGUGAGGACUGACAAAUUUGCUCCCAUAAGGAGUUUGUGGGACCAGGUCAUUGCAAAUAGCAUUGCAAACUACGAACCCAGUGGGGAACUUACUGUGGAUGAGCAGCUCCUCGCCUUCAGGGGACGGUGCAGUUUCAGGAUGUACAUCCCGAAUAAACCAGCAAAGUAUGGCAUCAAGUUAGUUAUGGCCUGUGAUGCAGAGACGUUCUACAUGUGCAAUGCCAUUCCCUACUUGGGCAAGGGGACUACCACUACAAUUACGCCCUUGGGAGAGUACUUUACGUUGGAGGUAACCCGACCCUUCAGGAAGGCUGGGCGUAUUGUUACGACGGACAACUGGUUUACUUCCCUGCCACUAGCCAAGGGUCUCCGUCAAUUUGGGAUGCAUUUAGUUGGCACUAUUCGUCCCAAACCUUACAUGCCUUCUGUGAUGCUGACAACGCCCCUGGAAUUAGGCGAAUGUGUGGCCUCCUAUAACUACAAGGACAAGGUGACCUUUUUGUGCCAACGUGUAAAGUCCACGAAAAGGAUCCAGAUUCUUUCCACAGUACAUCACAAUCCCACAGUUAUUGAGAACCAGAAAAGUCAAAUACACAUGUUUUAUAAUGCCACAAAGGGAGGAGUCGACACCUUCGAUCAGAUAUGUUCUGCCCUGACCUGCAGCAGGAAGACCCGGAGGUGGCCCAUAUGUAUCUUCUAUGGGAUUAUCAAUAUUGUUGUGAAUAAUUCCUUUUUUAUCCACCAAAACUUGCCUGGCAACGAGUUGUACAACAGGAGGCAAUUUUCAUUGGAAUUAGCCAUGGAACUCGGCCGUGAUGUAGCACUUGCUCGACUUGGAAACAAGAGGUACCUCCCAAGGGAAUUGACUUACCUCAUUUGUUCUGUUUUUGAGGUAAAAGAGCCCAAAGACGAGACUCCAGACACUCCAAAACGAAGUGACAAGCGCAGCAGAUGCCCUCUCUGCCCUUCUUCUUCUAAUGCCAGGACCAAGCUUUUGUGUGCUAAGUGCCAUAAGCCUGUAUGUAACUUGCAUGUCAACUACAUCUGCGACCAGUGCCAACUCGCGUAAUCUGGCAGUUUCGCUGAUAUCGGCGAUGUUUUUACAUCAAUGUAUUGAGAAAAUAUUGUAAUUGCAGCACAUAAUUCGUUUUUUGUCUAGUUUUUUACUGUAAAGUGUACAGUGCCAGUUAUAUAAGAAAAGUUUUAUUUUUAUACUUAUUUUUGUAAUCAUGUAAGUACAGGGUCAUUUUCAUAUUCAGCGUUUUUUUCUCCUUCACCAGUAGAAAUUAGAUUCUUUAAAUUA